GGAAGCCCGGCGAAGGGCUCUGCAUCCCGCUGUCUGCUGUCCGCCCGUCGCCCUCUGCCGCCCUCGCCCGCGACACGGGACCCGCGGGUAGGGUCCUGGGCCUUCUGCCGCUGACCCUGAGCCGGGGCGGGGAUCUCCACGUGAAGAGGGUCAGAUACGCCCGAGAAUCUGCGGGUGUCCUGGUCCUUGAGGGUCUCCAGGGAGAUAUGUCCCAGGGUGUUCUGCGGAAGGCCCGGUAGCGCCGUGUGCCAUGGUGCCAGUCUGGGCCCUCACGGUGGCUCUGGCUGCAGGCCUGGCCACUGCCAGCCCUCCCAACGUGUUGCUGAUCUUCGCUGAUGACCUGGGCUAUGGGGACUUGGGCUCCUAUGGGCACCCCAGUUCCACCACCCCCAACCUGGACCAGCUGGCUGCUGGGGGCCUGCGGUUCACCGACUUCUAUGUGCCCGUGUCUCUGUGCACGCCUUCUCGGGCCGCCCUCCUGACUGGCCGGCUCCCGGUCCGCAUGGGCCUGUACCCUGGAGUUCUGGAGCCCAGUUCCAGAGGGGGCCUGCCCCUGGAGGAGGUGACCCUGGCUGAGGUCCUGGCUGCCAGAGGCUAUCUCACAGGGAUAGCUGGCAAGUGGCAUCUUGGGGUGGGGCCUGAGGGAGCCUUUCUGCCCCUGCACCAGGGCUUCCAUCGAUUCCUGGGCAUCCCAUACUCCCAUGACCAGGGCCCUUGCCAGAACCUGACUUGCUUCCCGCCGGCCACCGCCUGUGACGGCAGCUGUGACCAAGGCCUGGUCCCCAUCCCACUGCUGGCCAACCUGUCUGUGGAGGCACAGCCUCCCUGGCUGCCUGGGCUGGAGGCCCGCUACCUGGCCUUCGCUCGAGACCUCAUGGCUGAUGCCCAGCGUCAGGGCCGCCCAUUCUUCUUGUACUAUGCCUCCCAUCACACCCACUACCCUCAGUUCAGUGGGCAGAGCUUUGCAGGGCACUCAGGCCGCGGACCGUUUGGGGACUCCCUGAUGGAGCUGGAUGCGGCUGUGGGGGCCCUGAUGAAGGCUGUGGGGGACCUGGGGCUGCUCCGAGAGACGCUGGUCAUCUUCACCGCAGACAACGGACCCGAGACCAUGCGGAUGUCCCAUGGCGGCUGCUCUGGCCUUCUGCGGUGCGGGAAAGGCACCACCUUUGAGGGCGGCGUCCGGGAGCCUGCCCUAGCCUUCUGGCCAGGCCACAUCUCUCCUGGCAUGACCCACGAGCUGGCCAGCUCCCUGGACCUCCUGCCCACACUGGCAUCCCUGACCGGGGCCCCACUGCCCAACAUCACCUUGGAUGGUGUUGACCUCAGCCCCCUGCUUCUGGGCACAGGCAAGAGCCCCCGGCAGUCUCUGUUUUUCUACUCGGCCUACCCUGAUGAGGUCCAUGGGGUCUUUGCUGUGCGUAGUGGGAAGUACAAGGCUCACUUCUUCACCCAGGGUUCUGCCCACAGUGACACCACUGCGGACCCCGCCUGCCAUGCUUCUAGCCCUCUGACUGCCCAUGAGCCCCCGCUGCUCUUUGACCUGUCUGAGGACCCCGGUGAGAACUACAACCUUCUGGGGAGUGUGGCUAAGAUCGCCCCAGAAGCUCUGCAGGCGCUGAAGCAGCUUCAGCUGCUCAAGGCCCAGUUUGAUGCUUCUGUGACCUUCAGCCCCAGCCAGAUGGCCCGGGGCAAGGACCCUGCCCUGCAGAUCUGCUGUCAGCCCAGCUGCACCCCUUGGCCAUCCUGCUGUCAUUGCCCAGAGCCUCAGCCCUGAGGGCUCCCAGCCCUGCCCAGGCAUGGACAGGUGAGGUGAUUUGAACCUGAUAAUGCUGAUAACACCAGCGUACACUUGUGGGUGUGAUGAUUCAUCUAAUCCUGUGAUAAUCCUUAAGUAGGUGCUGUUCUGCCUAUGUUACAAAUGAGGAACCUGAGGCGUGGGGCAAUCCAGUCGCUGCCACCCAGCCAGUAGGAUAUUGGGCUGGGAUUUGAACCCAGGCGUCCUGGAUCCGGAAACUGCCAACCAUCUUGAGAUUGUGUGUGUCAGAGUACACAACUGUGGGUCAUGAAAACAAGCCUGCCUAGACUCAGAGACUCCAAGAAGGAAUUAGUGUUUCUUCUUCCUUCCUAAUUACAACCCUUUAGUAGAAUUCGUGCCUCAUAUCGAAAAUUACUGAGUAUCAUAAUUCUUCCAAGUGGUAAAGAUACCUCAAGACAAAUGCUGGGCAUAGAAGCCACAGGGCAUAAAUCUGCAAAGAAGUAAAAAGCUAACCUUUUCAAACAAUAUUGCUUCUCUCUCACUUACCAACUUUACAUAUCCCUGUAUGGCCCCGGAAGAUGACUGGUUAGCCAGAGACGGGUAAGAUUCCUCAAGGGAGGAACAACCUAAGACAGGCACAGUCGCAGGGGGGCCAUCAGGUGAGAAAUUGGGGAUCAACAGAGGUGAGGCUUAGAACCUCACCCCCCCUGUUUUGAGAGAAAUCUGCAUCCGUGGAUGUUUUGUUGCCCUUGUCUAGCUUGGAUUAAUACUUCGUCUAUAGGCACACACCUGAUCAUCUACAUUUGCUCUCUUACAGCACUAAAUUGUUUUCUACCUUUAUCUUGCAUCUACCUACCACUUCAGCAUUUUAUUAAAAAAUUAAUAAUAAUAAAAUAAGGGAGAAAUGUGGGAUUCACAUAUAAAUCAAGUAUAAAAAUCAAAUGAAUAAUCAUAUCUGACUUGAUUAUUUAUAGUUCAUGAUGCAUGAUCAAAACCGAAAGUUUCUGUGAUAUGACUGCCCUUGCACUGUUCACCAUGUAAGAACUUGUUCAGUAUGUAAGAACUUGUUCACCAUGUAAGAACUUGUUCGUUAUGCUUCAGAAGAUUGGAGACUGUUGAGAAAUAGGCUUGGGGUUGAUUAAUGACUGUGCAUUGAGUCCCCUACACAGAAUUUUAUUGUUGUUAACAACCAUUUGAUCAAUAAAUAUGAGAGAUGCCCUCUCAAAAAAAAAAAGGAACUAGUGGUCACCAAAGGGGAGGAGUUUGGUAUGGUGGGUGUGGAGGGAGGGAGAAGGGGACUGAGCGGUGUUAUGUUUAGUACACACGGUAUGGGGGUCACGGGGAGAACAGUGUAACAGAGAAGGCGCAUAGUGGAUCCAUGGCAUCUUACUACACUCAUGGACAGUGACUGCAUUGGGGUACAGGUGGGGACUUGAUAACAUGCGUAAAUGUAGUAACCACAUUGUUUUUUCACGUGAA